AUGUUGAUGAUGAAUAUGUUACUCAGCGGCAGCAGAAGAUCCUACUAUGCGAGGAGGACCUUGUAAUCGUACAUGCAAAAUAGAAACUUCGCCUCAUAAACAUCACCUUUCGCUCAAUAAGUUAAUUCUAAUCUAUUGAAGGUAGAAUAUGCUUUUGAAACUGCAAGAAUAAAGCUAUAUCUUCCAGUGAGAGGAGAAACUUGGUUCUAUAUUGAUAAUAAGCAGACUCUUAAAGACUUCAAGAACUAAUGCCAGGCCGAGGACAAAUGCGCCACUGAUUUAUAAUUCAUUGACAAUCAGGGUAGCACCAUCUAGAAUGAAGAAUCUACAAGUUUGUACAGUAUUCUAACUGAUGAGAAUCAGCAACUUUUUUUAAAGAUCAAUGGCAAUCUUCUUGAAUUCCCUUCUUUGGCAAAUAAAAAAUCGAAUGUGAUUCACAAGUUUCAAAAUGAUCAAAUUUUCAACCUAUGUGAAUCAAAAGGAUUAUCUGCUACUCACUCCACUACUUUAUCUACAUUCAUAAAUCAAUUCAAACUGCAACUUAGCUAGAAAGGAGGAAAGAUACAAGAUCAGAAUGAUCUAGUUAAGACUCUAGGAGACUCAAUUUAAUUCUUUGAGGACGUUGUUGUCAGGGCAGAAAUUUACUAGCUUCACCUUCAAAGAGUUCAACUUCUCGAUUAAAUUAGUAAGCUGCAAGAAAAGAAAGAUAAAUUGGAUGUAAAAGCAGCCUUCCGCAAUAAGUUAUAUUUUAAUACUGCAUUCUUAUUGUUCGCUACUCAAUUUGGUGUGUCAUACUAUUGCAUCUAUGCCGUAGACUGGCUUGGUUGGGAUCUUGUUGAACCUCUCACAUACUCAAUUGGUUAGGGUUUGUUUGUCACAGGCAUCCUCUACUCCUUCAGAAAUUAUGGCAAGGACACAGCCUAUACCUCCCUAGACACUCACUAUAAGUCUAAGCGUCUCUAAAGAUGGUACAUCAAGAAUGGAGUCGACCCAGACAGACUCAGAUAUCUAUAGGAGGAGUUAGCCAAAAUUGACCACAAACUCACUGUUGCAGAGGGUCAAAGAUAUUCAUGA